AUGAAAGGAAUGAAUUUUUUUAGAAGUAUUUCACUAUUGGUUGUUGGUAUAUUGUAUGUAUUUGUAUUGAGAAAUAUAUUUAAAGAUGAUACCUUUUCAGUUAUAUAUAAAUUAGAUAAAUAUUCAAGAAACAUGUCAGAGAGAGAAGAAUUAGUAGAAAUUCUUGGCGAAUACUCUGAUGGUAAAUCCAAUGUUUUAGAAAAGAGUAAGAAUAAUGAAGUAUAUAAAAAAUAUAAUUUUGAUGAUUUGAUAUAUUCUUUAAAUUCAAAUGAUAUAUUAAAAAUUAUAUUCCCCUCUCAUAUUUUUGAUAAACUUUAUUAUGAACUGAAAGAUUGUGAUGAUAAUUAUAACACUUAUUAUCUUUGUGAAAAUAUUAGAGAUGGAGAUAUAUUUUUUUUAAGUCCUAAAAAAUGUUGUAAAGGUGGGAAGCAUAAAGAUAAAUGUGUUCAUAAACACUUUCCUAUUUUAGUAAUGGAUCCUAAAGAUUUGGAAAUAAAUAAGAAAAUAAAAACUUAUGAUUUCUUUAAAAAUAAGAAAAAAUAUAUGAGGACUAUGUGGUCCGAAUUAAUGUUCAAGGAAAAAUUAAAUCUUUUUUUCUUAAUAAAACAUUUAGAGAUUUUUUAUAAGAAUUUAAUGGCAGAUUAUAAUAUUUCAAAUACCUAUGUUUUUGGAAAUUUUUGUUAUUGUAAAAAAAUGAUUGUAAUGGAUAUUUUAAAUAGCGAGUAUCAUCUUAAUUUAGUUUUUUAUAAUUGGUUUAAAAACUCAAAACUAAAAACAAAAGAAUAUAAAAUGCUUUUAAAUGCUUGUAGAUAUUGUUGGAGGUAUUUAAAAAGAAAAUUACACGACUCCUGUGAAGACAUUCUUAUUAAUUCGUUUAAUAAAAUAAAUGUUACUGAUAAAACGAUGAAUAAGGAUAUGAAUAAUUUUAGAAAUGAAUCUAAAGUACAAUUAAAAAACACACAAAACAAGAAUUAUAUAUCUAUAAGCAACAAAGAAGCAGAUAUUACUGAUAAUUUAGGAAUAACAAAUUAUGAAAAGUGUCUAAUAAAUGCACCAUAUAUAGAUGAAGAAUAA